AACGAUGCAAUUCACCUUCUUGGCCGCCUUAGCCACUCUUGUAAUCCCAGUUUUGUCCAAAAACAUCCUCUUGACCAACGAUGAUUCUUUCAUUGCCACCAAUAUCAGAGCUACCUACUACGCUUUGAAGGAUGCUGGUCAUGACGUUCUUAUGGUUGCCCCUGUCUCCCAGAGAUCUGGUUGGGGUGGUAAGUUCGAUAUCCCUUACACCACAACCUUGCAAACCAACGGUGAAUUUGGAUAUGUCAAGGCCGGGUCUCCAUCCUGGGGGCACGAGCUCGAUGAUAACCACAUCUGGUACUUUAACGGUACCCCAGCCUCUUCUGUGGCCUUUGGUUUGGACUACGUCUUGCCAACCUACUUUGAAAACACCACCAUUGAUUUGGUUGUUUCUGGUCCAAACGAAGGAACUAACUUGUCCCCGGCCCUUUUCACUCUUUCGGGGACGAUGGGUGCUACUUAUAAUGCUGUGUACCGUGGCAUUCCAGCGGUUGCCUUCUCGGGCUCCAAUUCCAACAAUAGCUUCUACGGUGACUUCUUGAACGACGACCCGAAGAAUCCUUCCAACAUCUAUGCUGCCAAGGUUGUUGAAUUUGUUGAUAACUUGUUCACUACCCAAGGCGAUAACAGCAGAGUGUUGCCCGUUUCUGUUGGUAUCAAUGUUAACUUUCCACCAGUUGGAGACCAAGCCCAAAACUGUGACGAUCCAAACUGGGUCCUCUCUAGAUUGACGGGCUCUGACGCGUAUGGUUUCAAGUUAGUCUUGAACCAGACCACCGGCUUGUUCCAGACAGUCCCAACAAAAUUUAUUGGUUUGGCCAAUGCUGUUAACGGUGAUGUUACUUUGCCAGGUGAGAACACCGUCGUUAAUGGUUGUUCUUCAUCUGUCAGUGUAUUCUCUGUUGAUUAUGAUGCCCCGGUGGCCCUUUUGAACGAGGUUAAACCCUUAUUUGGAGAUCUCUUUUCCUAAGUACUAUCAAAAGUGGAUCUCUAAUUGUGUUAUUCCUUCGUUCGAUCCUUUGUCACUCUAAUUGUCUGAAGUUUUUUUUUUGUAUACCUGGGCCUCUCGCUUUUAUAUUUGUUUAUAUACCAUAGUGCG